GAAUUGGAAAGCCCAGGAGAAAGAGUGGAAACAGGGGAGAAAGAAUUGGAAGCAGUCAAAAAUUGCCGAGUGCUUUUUGUCUAUUUUAAGACUCGAAGCUAGCUUCAUUCGUUCCCCCUUCAAUUCUUUCUAGCAAUCCGUUUGUAGUUAAGCCGGAAUAAUGGGAGCUGUGAAAUUGGAGCUCCGCUGUUGUCCGCAGAGAGUUCUAGGGCUUGCGGUCGAACCCGAGCCCAAGUGGAGCUUCGAGUCUCUGUUAUCGGAGCUCGAUUCGCUGGAGGAGAAGCUUAGUUUGCCGGCCAAUUUCCCGGUACCCUUUACUGAAUCUCGGGGAUACCCAAAUGGGAAAACCGCGGGAUUCUCCAUGAGAGUAUCUGACGAGGAGCUGGAAGUUUCUGACGGCGAGGAGGAUGAUAGUCGAGGUUUAGUCGUGUUCAAUUGUGAUGAUGAUGUUAAUGCAAGAGAGAAUGAGGAUUCUGGUCAGGAGGAGUUUGCUGGUGCUCUUGAUGUUCAACCUUACUUAAUGGACGAAGUUGGAUUGGUGGAAGCUUCUAUGUUUGAGCAGAUUCAUGAACAUCAACUUGAACUGAAGGAGGGGAUUAGAAGCCAACUAUUGGCAUUGCAGAUGGAGUUCAUGAGCAAAAACCUGAAGGGUGCUUCAGCAUUUGCUCGUAUCGACAAGUACAGCGAGGCGAGAAGGGAAUCAGACCGGAAAGUUGACACUUUGUACCGGCGUAACAUUGCAGAAGCACUAGAUGAUCACUUGACUGCUAUCCAGCAGGAUCAUGAAAUCAAGUGCCAAAUGGAAGAAAGAAGAAUAAGGAUUGAUGCAGAAGAGGCAAAGAGAAAGGAAAAAGCUAUUGUGCGAGCUUCUGCUUCGGCUCUUCCUCUGGAACAAGGAAGGCUGCAGAAGCUUAAAGAGCUAGAAGACCAAAACCAGUCUCUCAUCAUGUCAAUGUCCAAUGUGAACCUCGACAAGCAUACACGGCAGAUUGGCAGACUGAUUAGACAGAUACGAGGGACAGAAGAAAAUGUAAGAACAAAAGCAAGUGAACUUCUGAACAUCUUCAAGAAUAAUCCUGAUUGCCCAGAGCCCAUCACCAUCGCAGCAUUCGCGAAGAAGGUUGUUGAACACUGCGAAAACCCUGACAAUUCGGCUUUUGCAUCUGCUCAAGUAAUUGUCCUCAUCACUUCACAGGUCCCAUAUGCAAUGGAUCUGAUCUUGGCCGAGUUCCACAAAGCUUGUAUCUACACGGUCCCGAAGCAUAUAUCAUACUCAAAGGCUGCAUUCGGCUCCAAAGAGGCUUAUUACAAAGCACAGCUUGGGUUUAGGGAACAUGAGGGACAACUUGAGAGUGUCAAAGAUUACUUGAAACGCACGGAAGCAUCCAUGAGAUUGUAUGGAGCUCUGGUUCAGACAGAAACCGUAGGUGGUAUUGAGAACCCUCACGGCCCAGCAGCAGGAUGGUCAUGGCUCGCCAGGUUCUUAAACACUCUCCCAGCAAAUGCAUUCACCGCUGUGGCACUCGAUGCAUUCAUGCAAACUGCUGGGUUCGUUCUGUUUCGAAAGUACAAGUCCCAGUUUGCGAAGUUGCUGCACAUUGUUUCGAGUCACUUCCUCGAGGCGCUGAAAGCUCGCAACGAUCCUGACCUGAAGCCUGUAAUCAUGGAGAUCGAAUCGUACAUUCAAGAUGAGAAAUGCGUACAAGAGCCAGAAGGGAGGAGGAUGGUAGGGAAGCCUCUGCUGUCCAGCCCAAGUCGCUUCUGAACUAGAGUACAAUGGUUGCUUUCCAUUUUGUAAUUUAUAGGAAUUCAGAUUCGAUGUCAACUUAUUGUAUUUAUGAUAGGGUCAUUGAGUGAUCAACAAUCAAAUUAUAAACGAAAUUUGAGUGAAUUGAAUCAAUUCACAUUCGCGUCUUAAUUUUUUUUUUUUACGGGUCAUUCACGUCUUCAUCUUAAAUAUGAGUAUUGAGAUACCCGCUCCAUCUAACCUUAGUUAAAACUCAAAAUGAGUAUAGAACAUGGUUGUCACGCCGGCCGGCGUGCCACCGGUUAUACCUGGUUCAACCGAUACUGGUCAUAAAAUCGGCGUGACACCAUCGGUAUGACCGACAUGAUCGAUACACGAAUCUCUAAGUAAAAUUACCUUAUUUUAGUGAAUUUAAUUAUUGAAAAUUAUUUUAUUUUUUAUUUUAUGAGUAUAAAAGUUAAAUAUUGAU